ACUAUUGUACAAAUGCAAUACUUUUCGUGCAGUACGUCGCUGCCUCCCACGAAAUUGAGGAAUCAGUAAAGUCAAAGACUGGUAACAGUGUCUUGUUUCAGAGCGAUGAAGUACAAGUGGUGCAUUGAGAAACAAAGACCUGUGGUAAAAAAAAUAAAUAAAAAAAUAAAUAAAACAGUUCAUAUCAAGGCACGUUCAAAUGAAAGUAGGCUCGUAAUGCACUGAAGUAAAUAAACACCAGCUGAUUUUUGGCUGAAAGCAAUACACGUGACUUGAUGGCUUAAAUGGUGUUGUCAGUCAGUGUCCCUGUGUGGAAUAUUUAACAGUCGUCAUCUGAACCACAUGUUAUAAGGACCUGAUGGAAAAUCGACUUCUCCUAUCGCUGCUUGCUCUGGUGGCUACAGGGGUUUGUGGAUCAGACCAACCGAAUGUCUUGUUGAUCAUUGUGGAUGACCUGCGACCUGUUCUUGGAUGCUAUGGUGACUCACUGGCCAUCACUCCAAACAUUGAUGCCCUUGCCCAUGAUGCCACAGUCUUCACCCGAGCAUAUGCACAGCAAGCUCUUUGUGGUCCAAGCCGCACUUCCUUCCUCACUUCACGCCGGCCAGACACGACUCGGCUAUAUGACGUUCACUCUUACUGGCGGAAACAUGCUGGGAACUUCACUUCACUACCACAGUACUUCAAGGAAAAUGGCUAUCACACUGCUUCAGCUGGCAAGAUUUUUCAUCCUGGAAUCGUGAGCAACCACAGUGACGACCAACCCUACAGCUGGUCCGAGACACCUUACCAUCCCCCAACACAGGCACACAAGCAGGAUCCAGUCUGCCUGGGCCCUGAUGGCUCCCUCCACACCAACAUAUAUUGCCCAGUGCAGGUGGAGGAACAACCAGGUGGAUCACUGCCAGAUAUCGAAACCACCCGCUACUCUGUGUCAUGGCUCAAGAAGUGGGCUGGAGGGACGGCAUUACGGAGGGAGGCCCCAGCACAACCCUUCUUCCUUGCUGUAGGCUAUCACAAACCACACAUUCCUCUCAAGUUUCCAAAGCAGUUCUUAGAUCUAUAUCCAAUAUCAUCUGUGCCCUUGGCUCCUAACCGAUGGCUGCCCAAAGGCCUUCCACCUGUGGCCUGGAACCCAUGGAAUGACUUGAGGUGGCGUGAGGACAUAGCAGCCCUUAAUGUCUCCUUUCCCUAUGGGCCACUGCCUGAUUUCUACGCUAGAUACAUCAGGCAAGGCUACUAUGCAGCCACCUCCUACACUGACUCCCUCAUUGGUGAACUCUUAACAACUGUUGACCACUUGUUUCCUGACACCAUCAUUGCUUUCAUUGGUGAUCAUGGAUGGGCUCUUGGGGAGCAUCAGGAGUGGUCCAAGUUCAGCAAUUUUGAGGUGUCCACUCGGGUACCCUUCAUCAUCAGGAACUGGAGGAGGACUCAUAAUGAUACAGCUGCCCAUGGGAUAUCUCAGCAUCCACAAAGUUUCAAUCAGCCAGAAUAUUCUGGAAAUGAUCACUCAACAUAUGAGCAUUUUUCCUCCAGAACAGGAUGUGAAUCUCUGCCACCAAAAUCUGCUAAGAGUUCAGCAAGAAAGGCAGUGGAGUACAAUGGUCUGGUAGAACUGGUAGACCUCUUUCCCACUCUGGUUGACCUAGCUGGACUGCCUACCCUUCCACAGUGCCCCAGAGACUCAAGUCAGGUCAGAGUCUGCACAGAGGGAAUGAGUCUUAGUCAUGUGGUGCAGGGAAACCUACAGACAGUAAACUCAAACACAAAACACAACCACAGAAACACCAAUCCCUGGGAUGUUAUGACAAAUGAAGUUUUUAUCAGUCCUGCAGAGCCUAACAAAGGAAACAAUGUUUGGUCUGUAGGAAGUGAACAUGUGGCAGAAGCUUCAGUCACCAAGCACAAAGGUCAUACUGCAGGUAGAUCCAUGCCCUGGGGUGUGGAAACCAACAAAGUUAAACACCAACAAAUACACUCAAAAAGAAUUGAUUUGCUGGAAGUUGAAGAAUAUUUCAAACCUGUCUCAUAUGCAGAAAGGAAAGCAGCUUUCAGUCAGUACCCACGGCCCGGUCCCACACCUUCCCGCAACCCUGACAGCGACCAGCCACACACACGAGAUGUCACUAUCAUGGGUUACUCCAUUAGAACUCAUCGGUUCCGCUACACUGCAUGGCUCAAGUUUGACAACCAAACAUAUAAGCCAGAUUGGGACCACAUAGUAGCAGAGGAACUUUAUGACCACAAGACAGACCCCCAAGAGGAUCAUAAUGUGGUGGGGAAGAGGUUCUACACCCGACACAAGAGAGAAGUGUACUCCAUGUUGGUCAGAGGAUGGAGGGAGGCUGUGAGAUAUAGCUAAGUGGUAGGUGUCUGUCUGUUCACCUGACAUUUGUAUUUGCUCAAAUGCGUGUAUGUGUGUGUGUGUGUGUGUGUGUUUACCUGUUUGUAUUUUUGAAGGAUGGAAUCAAGCUUGUUACAUAUAUCCCAUUUUUAAAUAAAAUUGUCAUAUUUUCUUUGAAUUUGUGUGUGUAGUUUGCUCACACCACUUAUGUGUGUGUGUGUAUGUGUGCGACAUGUAAUUGUGCUUGUAGCUGAUGUUUUCUAACAGUCUUAGUAACUUGUUUUAUCUCUAUCACUGACUGUAUGUAUGAUCAUAAUUUGAAUUAGUCUUGUUGGUGCUAAUCUAUUCAGUUUCAGAUAAAGUGUACUUUUUAACAUUCCUGUGACUUCUUCUAACUGUAUAUAUGUAUUUAUAAUGGGAAGCCAUAUACUUAAUAAAAAAUAAAAUGAAUUUA